CUUUCUUCCUCAGGUAUGGUGCUGACGGUGGACGUGGUCGGGCCAGCGCCCUGGGGCUUCCGCAUCACAGGGGGCAGGGAUUUCCACACACCCAUCAUGGUGACCAAGGUAACUGAGCAGGGCAAGGCCAAGGCUGCUGAUCUCCGGCCUGGCGACAUCAUCGUGGCCAUCAACGGGGAGAGUGCAGAGGGCAUGCUUCAUGCUGAGGCCCAGAGCAAGAUCCGUCAGAGCCCCUCGCCUCUGCGGCUGCAGCUGGACCGGUCUCGGGCUGCCUCUCCCAGGCAGACCAACGGGGAGAGCUCUUUGGAAGUGCCUGUGACUCGCUUCCAGGGCUCCGUGAGGACGCACACUGACAGCCAGUCCUCCCUGAGGUCUUCCUACUCCAGCCCGGCCUCCCUCAGCCCCCGGCCAGGCAGCCCCUUCCCCACAUCACCCCCCAGCAGCCCGCAGGCCCUCAUAGGAGAGACAGCCAUCAGCCGCAGUGUGCAGAGCCUGGCGCACUCUCCAGGCCUCUCCGCUGCUGACCGCUCAUCCUAUGGGGGCCGCCCCAGAAGCCGACAGGCUGGCCUCGGCCGCGCUGGCGACUCGGCUGUGCUGGUACUGCCAUCCUCCCUGGUCCCCCGUUCCUCCAGCCCCCGUGCGGACUCAGAAGGGGGAAGCCACCUCCUGGAAGAGGACUCGGAAGUCUUCAAGAUGCUGCAGGAAAAUCGGGAGGGGCGUGUGGCACCCCGGCAGUCCAGCUCCUUUCGGCUCUUGCAGGAAGCCCUGGAGGCUGAGGAGAGAGGUGGCACGCCUGCCUUCCUGCCCAGCUCGCUGAGCCCCGAGUCCUCCCUGCCCACCUCCAGGGUCCUGGCCGCCCCUCCCAAGCUCCAUACCUGCGAGAAGUGUGGCACCAGCAUCGCGAACCAGGCUGUGCGCAUCCAGGAGGGGCGGUACCGCCACCCCAGCUGCUACACCUGCGCAGACUGCGGGCUGAACCUGAAGAUGCGCGGGCACUUCUGGGUGGGGGACGAGCUGUACUGCGAGAAGCAUGCCCGCCAGCGCUACUCCGCGCCCCCCGCCCUCAGACCCCAGGCCUGAGCCCGGCUCCUGUGGCAGCACCUCCUCUGGGCUGGGGCUGGCCCAGUAUCCAGUUGACAUGGAAGGGGUGGUGGGGGGUUGUAGCUCUUACACGAGAUAAGUCUGGGGGCCUCACUGGAUGAGGCCAUAGGCUGGGACCUCUCCUGGGCUGCAGGUGCCGAGGGCAGCCCAGGUGUCUCCCCUGCAGGACAGACACUGCACCACGGUCUGGUGUGGCCACCGUGUUUGAUAUCUUUGUGUUCCAGAGGCUAAGCAGGGUGCACACAGAAGUAUCUAGAAGGAGAGGGAUGGGCCAGAGGCUAAUGCAUUCACUGUGUAAAGAUCUUGACAUAUGAGCUCUAUAAAUAUCUAAGUGUGCACAGAAUAAAGUAGAUGCAACUCUU